GAACUCACAGUGCAGGCGAAAGAUAAAACAAGAGCUGGUUUCAGCGCUGGGAGCUACAGUAAGGGGCUGCCUAUGAAUCAUUCAUUCAGCCUCUCUCUGGUGGUUGAGAGGAGCUCGCUCAUCUAUAACGCUCCAUCUGAAGAGACACGUGAGGACGUCUCCCUUAUGGUGCUUCUCCAGCUCUGACUCGACUGCCUUCAUCUCUCAUUCUCCGGCGUGUUUACGCACCAGUUUUAGCUGGCCGGGCAGAGCUGGAGUGAAUGGACUGGCCACCCUGGCGCCAGGACCGAGAGAGUUUGGGGAAACAAGUCCCUGGACAGCGGCAUUGCCGAGAUGGAGGAACUUCCUGUUCCCCAGAACAUCAAAAUAAGCAACAUCACAUGCGACUCCUUUAAGAUCUUCUGGGAUAUGGACUCCAGGUCCAAGGAACGCAUCACGCACUACUUCAUCGACCUCAACAAGAAAGAAAACAAGAAUGCCAACAAGUUCAAACACAAGGACGUCCCCACUAAACUGGUAGCGAAAGCUGUUCCUUUGCCCAUGACAGUGCGAGGACACUGGUUCCUGAGUCCACGCACUGAAUACACUGUGGCCGUACAGACCGCGUCCAAACAGGGUGAUGGAGACUACGCCGUCUCUGAAUGGAGCGAGAUCAUUGAAUUCUGUACAGCCGAUUAUUCCACUGUUCAUCUCACACAGUUACUGGAGAAAGCCGAGGUCAUUGCCGGCAGAAUGCUGCGGUUCUCUGUCUUUUAUCGAAACCAACACAAAGAGUACUUUGACCACACAAGGGAGGCCCAAAACAACAAGAUGUUGCCAUCAGUGAAGGACAACAGCGGUAGCCACGGUUCGCCCAUCAGCGGGAAACUCGAGGGCAUCUUCUUCAGCUGCAACACCGAGUUCAACACGGGCAAACCCCCACAGGACUCGCCAUACGGCCGUUACCGCUUCCAGCUGCCAGCCGAGGAGCUCUUCAGCCCCAAGACAAACCUGUAUUUCGCUGACUUCUACUGCAUGUACACGGCCUAUCACUACGUCAUUCUGGUGAUCGCGCCGAAGGGCUCGUCUGGAGAUGAGUUCUGCAAGCUGCGCCUGCCAGCACUGGAUCUCGCCAACAACCGCUUCAUGACGUGCUCGGAAGAAGAAGAUGGCCAGCUGGUGUUCCACCACGCACAGGACCUUAUCCUGGAGGUCAUCUACACCGACCCCGUGGAUCUGAGCCUGGGCACGGUAGCUGAGAUCAGCGGCCACCAGCUCAUGAGCCUGUCCACAGUCAACGCCAAGAAGGAUCCCAGCUGCAAGACCUGCAACAUCAGCGUGGGACGCUAACCUAAGAACCUGAACCCUCCAGCUGCCUUGAACAGCACAGAAAAUCGCCUUCUCCUUUCGCCGUCCUCCUUACCCAUUAUCGAACUUAUCCAUCAUUCCUUCUGGUGUCUGUAAGGCUCCUCCGCAGCAUGUGUCUCAUAGCUUUUUUUUUGUUUUGUUUACUAGCUUAUGGAUCUUGACCCAGGGUUUGGGUUAGCUAUGUUGUGC